AUGGCUACCGAGAUCCCAGAUGAGAAAUCUGGGAAAUGUCAGUGUGAGACACGCCACGCUAAGAGCAUCCUGUACCAGAUCCUUAACAGAGAGGAUGGAAGUCAGGCCAAGUGGCACCAGCAGUACUGCGGUCCCCAUCGCUCCAUGGGAAGCAAGGGCUGCUCUUGUGUCCACAGGAGAAGAGUUGCCCUGAAAACACCAGAAGCGACGUGCAGAAGAGCCUCUGAAGUCCUCUUGAAGACUUCAACUUUUAUUAGAAACUUGCCUUCUUUUUACCACUUGCCUUGGGAGGAUCAGCUCGUCCUCAUACAGCAGAACUGGGUCCCUCUUUUUGUCCUGGGCAUGGCACAAGAAGGGGUGGAUUUUGACCUGAGAGAGAUUUCAGCCCCUAGUUUAUUGAAGAAAAUCCUCCUCAACCAGUCUCUGACAGCUAGCAAUGAAUUGGGCAGCUCGUCACUGGGAGCACCUUCAGCAGAAGUUCAGAAGAUGAAGAAUUUAUUGUGGAAAUUCUGGGACCUGGACAUAAGUGCAAAAGAAUAUGCCUAUCUUAAAGGAAUUAUUCUUUUUAAUUCUGGAUGCCAUGUCCUAAAAUGUCUCCCCUAUGUACAAACACUGCAGCAGGAAGCUCAGCAAGCCUUGAUGGAAUUUAUCUCAAUGAUGUUCAACAGAAACCUAGGCAGGUUUGCUUGGAUUCUGCAACUAAUCGCCUCUCUUCAGGACAUUGAUACAGAUGCUAUUGAAGAGCUCUUCUUCAGGCCCAUCCUAGGAGAGGCCACCCUGAAUGUAUUACUUCUAGAAACCCUAUAUAUCAAGCCAGACUGGCUUUGA